UGUAGAGGGAGGGCUGUAUAAACUCUGCUCGGGAUGCAGAUGGCGUGAGUCAGUGCAAGCUGCUGGACCUGUUGUGAGCGCUAGAGUACAGGCUUAGGAAAAGUAGGGAGAGAUUUGUGCUUGUCUACUUUAUUAUAGGUUUACUGAGAGCAUGUUUUAUAAUGUAAUGGAUACAUCUGUUUCCAGAAGUCAUUCUGGGCUUACAUUGACAUAAUGAAUGAACCUUUUUUUUUUUUUUUAAAAAAAAAAAAGCUUCUAAAAGAGGAAGUUAGGAGUAGCUUGUCUCACGUGCUAUGCAGGGAAUGAAAUGAUCUUUACACUGGAGCUUUUGCUAGUCACUGUGGAAUAUCCCUCAGAUAGCGAAGGAACAUCAAGAGUGGUCUAGGCCACACUGAUGGUCGGGAUCAACUGAAGAGUGUCUGUACCUCUCAGGAGAUGUGUGGUGGUACAGCAAAAGCUACAAACUGGCCAGCGGGCCAACAGGAGUCAGCCAGAUGUGUGACUGAUGCCACUUCUGGUGCUGGGAGAAUUUUCAAGUCACUCAUAUGUGCGAAGAUUCCAAAAUGUGCCAGAGGAGGAAGGGGCACAAAUCCCGAAAUGCUCAACCACAGUUGGUCAUGUUCGGAGUUUGACCUGAGUGACAUCCGCCUGAUAGUGUACCAGGACUGUGAGAGGAGAGGCAGACAAGUCAUGUUUGAUUCCAGAGCCGUUCAGAAAAUGGAAGAGGCAGCAGCUCAGAAAGCAGAGGAUGUCCCUGUUAAAAUGUCAGCCAGGUGCUGUCAAGAAAGUGGGAGUGUCAGCAGCAGCAGCAGCAGCAGCAGCAGCAGCAGCAGCAGCAGCAGCAGCAGCAGCAGCAUCUCUUCCCAUAGCUCUCGGGGAUCCUUACAGCACUCUAAGGAGCAGCUUCCAAAGUACCAAUACACAAGACCGGCUUCCGAUGUCAACAUGCUUGGGGAAAUGAUGUUCGGCUCUGUUGCAAUGAGUUACAAAGGUUCCACCCUGAAGAUACACUACAUACGUUCUCCUCCACAACUGAUGAUUAGUAAAGUCUUUUCUGCUAGAGUGGGUAGCUUCUGUGGAAGUACAAAUAACCUGCAGGACAGCUUUGAAUACAUCAACCAAGAUCCUCAGGCUGGAAAACUGAACACAAAUCAGAACAGUUUGGGUCCUUGUCGCACUGGAAGUAACCUAGGUCUGCUGCAGGCGUGCAGCAGCAAACUGCUGCAGGGGGUGUCCGAAGGAGGACCGCUCCGGCUCACCCGCAGUGCUUCUUUCUUUGCAGCACACAGCACACCAGUUGAUAUGCCAAGCAGAGGGCAGAAUGAAGACAGGGACAGUGGCAUCGCUCGAUCAGCUUCUCUAAGCAGCCUUUUGAUCACACCCUUCCCGUCUCCAAGCUCCUCUACAUCCUCUUCCAGCAGCUAUCAGCGUCGCUGGCUUCGGAGUCAGACAACGAGUUUGGAAAAUGGCAUCUUUCCAAGGAGGUCAACUGAUGAGACAUUUAGCUUGGCUGACGAGAGCUGUAGUUCUAAUCCAGCCAUGGUUAGAAGGAAGAAGAUUGCCAUCAGCAUUAUCUUUUCUUUGUGUGAGAGAGAAGCAGCACAGCAGAACUUCCAGGACUUCUUUUUCUCCCAUUUCCCCCUGUUCGAAUCUCACAUGAACAGGCUGAAGAGUGCCAUUGAAAAGGCCAUGAUCUCCUGUAGGAAGAUAGCAGAAUCAAGUCUCCGUGUCCAGUUUUAUGUGAGUCGUCUGAUGGAAGCGUUGGGAGAAUUCAGAGGGACUAUCUGGAACUUGUACUCGGUUCCAAGGAUAGCUGAACCAGUAUGGCUUACCAUGAUGUCGAGCACAUUGGAAAAAAACCAGCUCUGCCAGCGCUUUCUCAAGGAAUUUAUACUUCUGAUUGAACAAGUCAACAAAAACCAGUUUUUUGCUGCCUUACUGACUGCGGUGUUAACCUAUCACUUGGCCUGGGUACCAACUGUCAUGCCUGUUGAUCAUCCUCCCAUUAAAGCCUUCUCGGAGAAGCGUACCUCUCAGUCGGUGAACACGCUGGCCAAAACACAUCCAUAUAAUCCUCUCUGGGCACAGCUGGGUGAUCUUUAUGGAGCUAUAGGCUCUCCAGUGAGGCUGACCCGCACUGUGGUGAUUGGGAAGCAGAAGGAUUUGGUCCAGCGCAUCCUUUACGUUCUGACCUACUUUCUCCGUUGCUCUGAACUACAAGAGAAUCAGCUGACCUGGAGUGGGAAUCAGAGUGAGGAUGACCAGGUUAUAAAUGGGAGCAAGAUUGUGACAGCCUUGGAAAAGGGAGAGGUGGAAGAGUCUGAGUAUGUGGUAGUUACAGUGAGAAACGAGCCUGCUCUUGUUCCUCCAAUCCUCCCACCAGUGACAACUGAGAGAAGGAACCUGGAGCCUACCAGAGUAGCUGAGAUCCCGGAGGGCACAAGUACCAGUGAGCUGGGUCACACACCCGGCAAAAACAGAUGCAAGAAACCAGAGCAGAGUUCUGAGGCCAGUAGAAUGGGGUUCCAAGAGGCAGAACCUGACAGUUCUUGGACACCUCAAGGCAUAUUCUGUGAGGACAACCAGAAUGACCAAGAAGCACCCCAAGAUGGCUCUUUAAGCCCUCCCAGCUGUGAGGUUCCUAGGGUAAGAGUAAGGAUGGACCCUCAAGUUGACCAUGAGGAACUGCACGGGGAGAUGCUAAAGAAAGCAGCUGACAGGUCAGCAGCCUGGCCCUGCCCUGACAGACAUUCCCAGGAAGGUAUUCCUGUUGAAAAGGUCACAUUCCACAUUGGAAGCUCCAUCUCUCCAGAGUCUGACUUUGAAAGCCGCACCAAAAAAAUGGAAGAGCGGUUAAAGAUCUGUGGUCAAGUCCAUGGGACUAGUGCCUCUGCCAGGCCUAGCAUGGACUCCAGCCUGACUCAAGACCAGCAGGGCUCUAGGUGUUCCUCCAAAGCUGACUUUCAAAGGGACUUCACUCUUCCUCAGGACAAGUCCUCAGGGGGAGAAGGUGUCUCUGAGGACAGAGGCCUCCAAGCCAAUGUUAUGGCAUGUACUGUGGAACAACUUAGCCAAGCUCAUGGCCCCCUUGCAGCUUCCAGCUGUGCAGCAGGCAGUGGCCAGAGACCACUGAAACACACUGGAGACUUGCAAUUAAAAGGCAAGAAAAGACCUUCAUCACAGCCUGUAAACACAUGUAGACAACAGGGUGGCCUGCUGGGUGCUGCAGAUGUCCCCUGUGGGGAUGCCAGUGGUAAGGCCCACUUCAGGAUUGAAGGAGACAUUCCCAGGAAUGAAAGCUUGGAUAGUGCUCUCGGAGACAGUGAUGAUGAAGCAUGUGCUUUAGCCCUGCUAGACCUAGGUCCCAGUUGUGACAGGACUACUGAAGGGUCCUUGGAAGUGGAGCUGCCUCUGCCAAGGUCUCAGAGCACCAGCAAGCCAAACAUUAGAAAUUUUGGCCGUUCACUUCUGGCCGGUUACUGCACUACGUAUAUGCCCGACUUGGUGCUGCAUGGAACCAGCAGCGAUGAGAAGCUGAAGCAGUGUCUGGCAGCUGAUCUGGCCCACACGGUGCAUCAUCCAGUGCUUGAUGAGCCCAUAGCCGAAGCCGUCUGUAUCAUAGCAGACACGGACAAAUGGACUGUCCAAGUGGCCACGAGUCAGAGGAAAGUGAUGGACACCAUGAAGCUGGGCCAGGAUGUCUUGGUUUCUAAUCAGGUGUCCUGUUUACUUCAGUCCAUUUUACAGCUCUAUAAGCUUCACCUGCCUGCUGACUUUGAUUGAAUCCAACGACCUGCCUCUGCUGACGGCGAUCGCCAGUACUCAUUCUCCUUAUGUGGCACAGAUCCUCUUAUAAACGACUGCAGGACCGGACAGUUCUUGGAAGACGGUCAGAAAGCAGUAGGCUGUCAGUGACAGGGAAGGCAUGAGAACACGGAGCAGUCACGGAGCUGCUGCAGAGUGGUUGCCUCAUCCACAGGCUGUGUUCACUCGAUGCCAUGGCAAUUUGUGAUUGUUCACGAGUACUCUGAGCCUUUGUUUCCCAGGAAUCAAAAGGAAGUGACCUUUCUGGCAGGAGGGAAAUGUCAGUACUAUAGACUAAGCAGAUGCCCUCGUGCAAUGUUGGACAGAAUAUUGAGAACCAACUUUGGAGUAGGGGAUAACCAACGAAUAGAACAUUCCAAUAGGAAAGUGUUUCCUGUUAAAGCGCGAGAGAGCAUGAAGUGCUGCUCUGAUAACAAGCUGUGGAUCCUAGGUCAGAGCUCUCUUUACUGACAGUGACAUGGAAGAAAGCCACAUUGUGCCACUGUCUGCUCUGGGUACUGUUUCAUGUAGGAUGUGGAAGAGGAUUGCCUAUCGGGAAGAGAGUGCUUUGUCACUUCUCAGAGUUUACUGUGGUUCUAGUGCAGUCCUGGGCAGGUCCAAGAGGGACUGCUGGUGCAAUAAAUCCAAGAUUCAAUGUAGCACCCCUCUCGACAGGUGCAGCAGACAGCAUCAGCGUGUGCAGUCUAACACUGGGUAAUCAUCUUCAGCUUUAGUGUCUACAGCCUUCUCCAGAAAGACCUUUACCAAAGUUGUUUCCAUGAGCUCAGGCGAGCUUCUCUGGCUGAGCUCUCCCAGUUUGAGCCUCUCUCUCCUUCUGUCCAUGAAGAUUCCUCUCUGUGCUGUAAGGUACAGAUGCCCUCUGGGAAGUGAACCCUGAAGCAUCCGACAAGGGACAGCAGGCAGUUAGAAGCAAUUCAUUCGUGAUCUCAGCUUUUACAGUCAGCUCUGCACUUUUUAAUCCCUUUAAUAUUCUUUUAAAAACAUCUUUCCAGAAAUUGACCUGACCAUUUAUAAAACUUACCAAGGUGAAAAACUGUAAAAGCCCAGUUGGCCAUGAAGCCUAAAGAACCUUAGAUUACUGAGCGUAAAAGUCUGUGUCAAAAGACUUUAAAACCAAAAAAAUCUGAAGUUUAAAUGACAGGAGCCAGUCAGGUCAGGUCAUACCCUGUAGGCUCCUGAGUCCUUCCUUCUCACGUGUCUCUGGUGCCUGAGAAUGUUGGGAUAGCAUCCAGGGGCUCAAGCGACUUCUUCAUAGUUUAUAUCUGAUAAAAUCCUGACCCGUGUGACGUGUUUGUCACCCUUCGUUACAAACAGCAUCUACUGAGGACAGAUGCCUGCGUCAUCUCAGUCGACCUUUCCUUCCUCUCUCCCCCUCCCCCACCUCUCUCUCUCUUCUUCUCUUCCCUCCUCCUCUCCCUCUUCCUCCUUUCCUUCUCGCUCUGCCCUUCUCUCUCUCAAUUUUUGUGAUCAGUGAAAUCAGAUGAUGCCUCAAGGCACUUAAGAUCUUUAAUUUGCAUUUUAUGCAUUUCACAAAAUUGAAAUGUCCCAUUCUUCUAAAUAUCUUUCCAUUUUCCAUUAGCUGACAUUUGAGUAGCAGUUUUCAAAUUGUUGGCUUCAUGAUGUCAUCAUUUGCCGGGAAUCCCACCUAUAGCUCAGCUGUCUGGGCACUUGUCUUCCUUGAUGUGCAUGAGCUGUCAAAGCAGAUGUCAGCACAGCCUUCUACCCUUGCCAGCAGUAGGGUGCUCCCGUUUUUUUGUUUUGUUUUGUUUUGUUUUGUUUUCCUGGCUUCUCUCAUUUACAUGUGGACACUGCCUCAUUCACCAUCUUCAGAGGUUUUGGAGAAAAUAACUCAAUACAAAAUCCAUUCACUUCUCAUAACACGUUGGCAGCCAGACUCGGGAAUUGAGCUAUCAGCAGGUUGAUUCUCAGCCUCAUGCAUAAAAACUUUGCCCAGUUCUUCAAAUCCUGAAAAAAGAUCAAACCUGCCUCUUCCUCUGAUGUUCCAAAUUUCAGAAAACAGCCAGUGGGAAACUCUGGGUGUCGGUCACGUGGGGGUUAGCUCAUUGUCCUCCGCCUCCUCUCUUGCUGCUGCAGAGAAGGGCAUGCUGCUCCUCUCCUGACUCCCAAGGUGUGGGAUGUCCACAUUUUCUUUGUCUUAAAUUCAGCCACUUCUCAAAAAGUGGAAAAACAGCAAAGCAUCUCAUGGACUUCCGUUGAGACACACCCACAUCCUGCACCACGACGGCUUUGUUUUCUUACAGCCGAAGAGUCCAAAAAGGGACACCACCUUCUCCUAGGCCCAACUCAAGGGAAAACAAACUUUAAAAAAAAAAAAAAUGUUUAAAUAAAGAAAUCUACCUCAGUUGACAGGAUUCCUCCCACCCUUAGGGUUUCUUCAGCUCGUAAGUCUAACCUGCUGAGUGUCACUCUGGCAGAGCCUGGCUUGUUGGACCAAGCGGGCUAGUGAAGCAUGGCAGAGCGGAAGUGUGUAAGCGUUCCUGUGAUGACCUCUUUCUAGCAUGUUGCAGUUUUAUAUUUGAUAAGUUGGUAAGUGAUAUGAAUGUAUAGGUAAUUGUGUAUGUUUUUAAAAUGACAAUGAAAAUUGAAAAUGUAGCUUCCACACUUUGUUCAUAAUUCCAAAGUAUCUUAUUUUAUCAGUGUUAAAUAGCUUUUGGACAGCUUCAGUCCAUUUUUCAGAGGUGUGCUGUUUUAUACGGAAAGAAUCUCAUCAUCUCACAUCUCAUGGAGCUGCCGUUUACACAUCACAACUUUUUAACUUACUGUAUUUUUCAGAAUUAACUUUUUUUGGAGGGAGGAAAUUCCCCACUUGCUAAACGAUACUAAAUUGUCUGAGCUUUUAAAAUCAGGUCUUCAGAUUUUAUAAACUAGUACGUAGCUUUUUAGGUUCUUCGUUGGAUGUACAUAAAGAAUAUAAAUGACCCUCAAAUUGUUUUAAAUGUCUGGAGUUUUUUCCACUGAUGCACACUCGGGGUUGUUGUGUUCUCGAAUACUUUCAUCAUUAAUUGAAAAAGCCCAUAGCUUCUUUUAAUGUGAAUUGGUUUUCUAGAUUUUUUUUAUAUUGUGCUUGGUGGAGAGGACAUUUUAAUACAAUUUUUUGCCUAAAGCAGCCCCUCUGAAUGUUAAUUUUUAAAACGUUAAAAUUUGGUGAACAUCUGGAACAUGUGUUUGCAUUAUGUUUAAAUUUCGGUGUUUUAAAAAGAAAAUUCUGGAAUGUAUUAUUAUUGAACUUUCAUUAAAAGAAAUUGAUAGGACUGUUUUUUAAAUCAGUUGAAUGAAUACCCGCAUCGGUGUAUGAAAGGUUUUCUUACAGCAACAUUCAUGUAUUAUUUUAAUCCAUUUUUCUGUGACAUUUGGUGCAAUAAACUUUUUGAAUUUAUCUUGCA